UCCACGUCCCGCUCAUAUUUGACAUUUCAGCCUGUACUGUUUUAGAUUCAUCGGAGGACCAUUAGCAUUUAGCAAUGGGUAGUUUUAGUUUCAGUUUGAAGUCUUUAACCCUUUUUGCUUUGCUUGUUUCAAGUGUUGUCCUGUCCGAAAGCCGGGUGGCAAGAAAGGACCUGGGGAUAGACCUUGGUGGGAUUGGGGUUGGAGUGGGAGCUGGAUUAGGGAUUGGGCUCGGUGGGAGUGGAGCUGGCUCAGGUGCUGGAUCGGGGUCAGGUUCGGGAUCCGGAUCUAGCUCUAGCUCCAGCUCUAGCUCAAGCUCAUCUUCUUCGUCCAGAUCCAAUGGGUCGGGCUCUUCCGAAGCAGGUUCGUCUGCUGGGUCUUAUGCCGGGUCUAGGGCUGGGUCAGGCUCAGGAAACGGAGGGCGUGGAUAAGAGGCUCUAGCCAUGCAUGCAUGGAACUGUAGCUCGUGGCAUGACGAUUAGUGACAAGUUUCACCUUAUUCAGCUAAAAAUGUAUGAAAUGAUGAAUUUGAAUAAAUAAUGAAGUAGAUGGUGCUAUCAAAAAAGAAGGUGGUGAGUGUGAUUGUCUGUAAUAUGUUGUACCUUUCUUAGAGUGUUUGUCAAUAAAAGAAUUGGCCAUGUCUUUGCAUAUUUCUUCCA